AAUAAAUAUUUUAAGGAAUCAUCUGUUUUUAUUUCAACUGCUCUUUUUUUACCGAGUGUGUUUCUCUACUACAUGAUAUGUGUAUUUUUUGGAGCCCCUGUUUUUGAGUCAUAUACAUCAACCUUGUAUUUUAGCUGUUUGAUGACAUUGUUAACUGUUUAUCCAUUAAUAUGGCAUUUUUACAUGACCGACAAUAUUUCAUCAGUAUUUCGUAUAAUUCAGGAUAAUAAGUUUGACAAUACAAAUGAAAGUCAUCUCCAUGUUCUGAUUAUCUGGUCAAUUAUUGGGGCUUGGCUUGGUGCCAUUCCUAUUCCAUUGGACUGGGAUCGACCGUGGCAAGAGUGGCCAAUUACAUGUUGCAUUGGGGCAGCUCUUGGGUCAUCAGCAGCUCAUUUUUUCAUUGGAAGCAAGGUGCUCCUGAACCUUUUUAGAGAAAAGAAAAAGGUUUUGUUAAAGUCAGUGUGA